AUGAACAGAUCAAAUUUACAUAUACUGUUUUUUGUACAGAAAAGGUGGAGCUCUAUAGACUACUUACUAAAGUCUAUACCACAGUCAUCACAAACUACCAAUAUCUACCAACCAUCUAAAAGCUCAAAAUCAAAUAAAUCUAAAAAUCUAUCAUCAGAAAGACAACUCAAAUCUUAUAGGAACAACAUUGUGUCGCCUUUAAGAUUAAAUAAAAUAUAUUCUCCUAGCUGGUACACACCGUAUAAGGAAAAUGAUCUAGUGAAAUCCCAUCAAUUUUUCAAAAAUGCCAGAGUUGAAUUGGAUUGGACAUUAGCAGACUAUGAAGAAAUACCAGACGUGAAAUACGCAAAAUUAGCAAAAGAAAGAGAAGAGAAGUUGAAUAGCAUUGAUCCAUAUUCCAGAAACGAAACAACCGAAUCCAUGCUAAAUUCUAGAAAGACUUUUGGUAUUAAGCCAGAUCUAUUGCGCGUACUUCCAGAAGUGCUUUUUAUGGGUCAUACAAAUGUUGGAAAAUCUUCUUUAAUUAACAGCCUUCUAGUAAAUAACAAGUCUAUUAGCGGACCCUCACAGCUAGCUUAUGUCUCCGCACGUGCUGGCUUUACCAAGACCAUCAAUUGUUUCAAUUUCUCUAAGAAACUAAGAAUUAUUGACAGUCCGGGUUAUGGGCAAUACGGAGAUUUGAAACAGGGAAGAGUUGUUGUAGAUUACAUAUCAAAGCGUCAUCAGUUGAAAAAAGUAUAUGUGUUGAUUGAUUCUGUUGAAGGGUUUCGUGAGGAAGAUUCUUAUAUAUUCAACAUGUUGAUAGAUGAAGGGGUGCCCUUUGAUAUCAUAUUUACCAAGGUCGAUAGCGUGGUCCUGAAAUAUAUCCCUAAAAAUGCUUUUGAAGCAAGCAAUUGUUAUGAUUUAAUUAAAGCUUGUAAUGAUAAAGUGGUGGACCACUAUGGCAAGCUUAUUGCUAGUUCAGGUCUAGAGGAUAUUGCCAUGAUUCCAACGUUUUUAUUUAGUAAUGCCAGUGCAAAUAAAUUUGUACCCAAGCCUGUGGGAAUGAAUGAAAUCCAAAGUAAUAUUCUCGAUAGCUGCAAUUUGCUUUGA